AUGGUUCGACGUGAUCCUGUCGCGAAGCUUCCCCUCGUUGCUCGCAAAAACCUGCGCGAUAGCUUCGAAACCCCCAAGCAAGACAUCGAAGGCAGGCUGUCUGCGAUACUAGGCCAACCUUGGACUAUCAAGGUUGAUCCCCUAGCUCUUUACGCCUACGCUGAAGAGGACAGCUGGGCCUCAACCUCUCUCGGCGAUUUGAUUAUUAGUUAUAUUGAAGGUGCUGAAUAUCAAUUGAAAUACUUCAUUGAACGGAACGGAGAUGGAGCCAAAGAUGAAAUCAACGAAAUCUGCUCCGCACAUGUUCUGACCAUUGAUGUUGAUGAGACAAACACCGUCUACUACUGUGGAGCCAAGGUCUCCUCCCAGGGCGAGCUCGUCAUCCUGUUCAAAGCAGGGGAUCUUGGAACCAACACCAGCAACGCUCUUGAUUCCAACAACCUCACCAAGGCUCUGAACGAGGCCCCUUCAACCACGCGGCCCAUGAGCUACGUGGCGAGAGCCUCAAUCAGAAACGACUAUGAGUCGAACAUGAAAGACGUCCAGGAGAAGCUGAACAAGAUCCUCGGCCAGGAUAUCACCAUCGUCCCCAACUUCGAGGCCAAUUUUGAGAAGCUCAAGAGCAAGGCUGGUACUGACAGCAACUGGGAAGACAACUUUGGAAAUUUCCACUAUCUCUACUUCGAAGGUCUAGUCUCUCAGCUGCAGUAUGAUAAGUUCGGUGAAGAUGAUAUGCUUCAGGAGGCUCUCUUGGAGGUAAUGGAGAAGCGUGCUGUGCACUUCCGUAUUGUGGACCAGACCAAAAAGUCUUACAACGAGACUGUCGUCGAGGAUGGUAUUCUUUAUCUACAGGCUCCUCCGGCAGAGUUUGGCACCAAUGUCAGUCAGGUUGCAAACGAGUUGAUGAACAUGCUAUAA